AGUCGAGCUUAGUGCUGCUGUUUGUGUGAACGUGUACGAGUUGGUAUGACCCGUUGUAGGGGUGUGUUUAAAAACGAAUGAUAAACAAAGCACGAAUCGCAUCGUAGAACAUUUCGUUUCUAUAAUGUUUCGCACCGACAUAGUUCGUAUCCUGUCUACAAAGUGUACUUCACACGGCAGCUAUGUUUCAUACACCGAAUCAUUCUCAUCCAUAUUCAGACGGUAGAACAAAAACACACACACCCCCGUCCCCAAUCUUCCAGCGAGCUGUUACCUAGCAACCGUUACAAACGAACUGGUCGUCGGUUUGUACAUAGUGAAGGUGAGUGUUAGAAGAGAUAAUGAGCGGCCGGAUGACUCUGGAGGGAGCCGGGUGCAUCACCUGGUGGGGCUUCGGACCAGCCAGAGAUCUGCUCGAGAAACGGAAAAGUCAAAUGCCGAGACAACAGACGGAGCUGAACGUGUUGCUGGUGGGCAGCAGCGACCCGAGACACAUCCUAAAGACCAUCUCAGGCCUCAGGGACUCGGACACACUCCAUGUUUGGGUGAUAGAGAACAGUAUGGAAGUGGUCGCGAGACAACUGCUGCUCCUCUACGUAUCUCUGAGCGCUCUGGAAAGCAUGGGCAUGCAGGAGAAAACGGAGGUCUUCCUCGAGCUGUUCGGGAACAGCGAGAUCCGCUCUGAAACCCACAACAAGCUGAAGCACAUCGCAGCUCGACUGUUUCUCUUAGUCACCGACACAAUGGCCACAGAGACAGACACACACGUACACCCCUGCCUAGACACUAGCCUUCUUAAGUUUAAGGAGCGAGACGAACUGGCUCGGAUCUUUAAGCAGUGGCAGCAUCCCCCUUCCCCUCCGCUCAGUAUGUGUAAGGUGUGGGACGCUCGUGUCAGACAGCACCUGGGGACACGCUACGACGCCCGCAGAGGCUGCUUCGACUGGGACCUCUCCAUGAAACUACACGACAAAGGGUGCCGAGUGAUACGCAGACAGGAUUACAUAAAAUGGAGGGAACGUGGUGUGGCCUUUGAGAUGAGGGAGGGACUUUACUGCAUUGCUAAUCCUAGCCUUCUGUCCACACGCUUGUUCAUGCAGAGAGAAAACAGGGUGGGAGCCCGAGGCUACUGGGGAGACAUUGUCUCAAGUCCGUAUCUGUCCUUCGGCAUUGAAACUGACAACAAAGAACUUCUGAAGACAGAAAACAACCAGCAUGUAAAGACCGCUCAGAACAUCUCUUUAGACAACCUGCAGAAGUUAUUUAUGUCCCUGAACAUUAGAGGAGGACACAACACUGUCUCGAAUCCCGCCAAGGAUGCGGUUGAUGACGCGUCAAUCCCACCAGGCGAAACACGUCAGUCAGAAGAUGAGCCGGCGAAGCAGAAGAGCUACCCCAUAGAGCUGAUGAAUCUACCCCGAGUAACCGUGUCGUUCCUGUCUCUGGACUCUCUGCCCAAACUGCCCAUGAAAAACAAAUACUGCCGUCUGUUCAACGCCGUCUACUUUUCCGCCAGCAUGAUGCACCAUUUGGACUCCUCCCUGAUACAGACAGCCGCACCAGACGCUGUGUUGAUCAUAGAGCUCGCCAAGUACUUGUUGGACUUGUCUAAGGAGCAGGAGUCUGCUUUUGCAACAAGAGUGAGCGAAAUCGCUAAACAAUUGGGGUUCGUCCCGGCUCACGCGAAGGACAACGACGCGUACGCCGUGUUCACACUGCAAAAAGACUGACAUGUACAUUUACAGCACGUACGUCCUGAUCCAGAGCGACGUACAAAAGUGCUUUGAAAUCUGGAUCCUAAAACACUGUUACAAACACUUUUAUAUACAUACAUAUAUACAUACACACAUACAACAAAGAGCCGCCGUCCACGAUGAUAUUUCUGCCAGACACACUGAGAUCCGAACACAAGCUGUGGUAUCUGAGGGAUAUCAGCAGGUAUCGUCAGCAUAGCAGUGGUAAGAGAACCCACGUGAGGAAAUAACUUCAUCAAGAGAGUGAGUAUACAGGGAGAAAAGAAGAGGACCAAGUACUGAGCCUUGUGGGACACCAGUGGAGAGUCUGCGUGGAGCAGAUGUCACUUCCCUCCACCUUACCUGGUAUGAGCGUCCUUCCAGCUAGGAAGCAAACCACUCCCAAGCUGAUCUGCAAAUCCCAAGGCUCCUGAGGGUGGACAAGAGAGUCCUGUGGUUGACCGUAUCAAACGCUGCUGAAAGGUGGAGGAGGAUUGGAGGUCUGUAGUUACUGAUGUCUGAUGGAUCCAGAGCAGGUUUCUUCAGGAUGGGAAUAACACUCGCUCGCUCGAAGGUAGUUGGUACAUGACCAGAUGUUAGGGAUCGAUCGUUACGCCACAAAAUCCACACACAAACCACAGAAAUCUCGAGCCGGGUGGAACGUUAACAUUUUAUUCCUCUAAAACGACUACAGACAAGCAAACGUACAACAACAGCUCAGAUUAUUUCGAUCAUGUUCGUCCGAGAGUCUUCACUUCCAGCGCCCUCCUACUUUGCCCUUGCCUCCGGUCCCCUUCUUACUACCAAGCGUGA